AUGACUAAUGGUCAAAGAGCUCCAAGAGCGUCGACACGUUUUGGUGAUGUGGAAGGAUUCACGUAUCGUCUGGAGAAUGGUGAUAGUGCGAAUAUUUUUCUCGGUAUUCCGUAUGCGUCUCCACCAGUUCGCAUUCUACGUUUUGAGCGUCCAGUUCCAGUAAGGCCAUGGACAGGGAUCAAGAAAACGAUCGACUAUGGAGCAUCAUGUUAUCCGUAUCAUAGAGAUGCCAUGGUACCAAACCUAGAAUAUGACGAAGAUUGCCUCUAUAUGAACGUGUUUGCGCCUAGUAGAAAGAGCGAUUCCUUAUGGGGUUAUCCGGUUGUUGUGAUCGUGCACGGUGGUGGUUUCAAAUACUUCUCGUCUUCAUUGCUGCCACACGAUACACUCUGCAAUAAUUUCGUGAAAGAAGGCAUUAUCGUAGUGACAUUCAACUAUCGUGUUGGCUUCCUGGGUUUUCUAAGUACCGGUGAAGGGCCGUUACCCGGUAAUCUUGGUCUCUGGGACCAAACUGAAGCACUUGUCUUCGUCAGUGAGAAUAUCCCGGCCUUUGGAGGUGACCCAAGGAGAGUGACGCUUCUUGGACAAGGCGCUGGUGCGGCAAGUAUUUCAGCACUUUCAAUUUCACCUAAAUCAAACGAAUUCUUUCAACAGUCGAUCACAUUCAGCGGUUCAAUAUUCUGUGAAUUCGCUUUGAGUCAAAAUGUGAUUAGCGAGAGUUUUCGAUUGAUCAAUGCGUUGGGAUGCGCCAACAAAAGUCAUGUUGAUUUGAAGGAUUGCAUGAAGAGGCUGAGUGUUCACAUGCUACUCGACGGUAUGGACCGCGUGCAUUACGACUCCCACGCCAUACAGUUUCAUCCAAAAUUUGAUACGCACUUCUUUGUGCGUCCUCGUGAUCAACUUCUGCAAGUGGUAUCACCCAUGCGCAAUAUGAUCGGUGUCCACGGUGCAAAAUCUGCUAUUUCCGUGUUGUACGACGAUGUGAGAACUCGCUUCAAGACUGUCUUGAGNGUCUUGAGUGUAUCACAACAAGCCACAUUUUCGGUCAAAGACCUUCGUAACUACAUCCGAAAUGUGGUGGCAACUGAGGAGGUAUUCGGUGAGAGGGCAAAACCAUUCGAAAAACAACUGGUGCAAUUUUAUGUGGAACGUGCUGUACCUGAAAAUGUUGAUAAACACUUCUACCUACGUCGUUUCACUGAGGCACGCUUCCGUUUGAAUACGAAUGAAACGUUUUACUCUAUUGUUCAAUCGUAA